AUGAAAUAUCAAUCAGUUAUUGUUAAACUUUUUAGUGGAUUGAAUCCAAUCUGUUUAUAUUUUCCAACGGUAGCAAAAACCACAAUAUUUGAUUUGAAACAAAUAAUAUUUGGACGUUUAUUGAUCGAUCCUGAUGACCAGAAACUCGUAACAAUAUCCGGAAAAUAUUUAAAAGAUUCGACCAGAAUAUUUGAAAACGACGAUGUCGAGUUUACAACUUUGACCCUUAAGCUACCUUUAUAUGGUGGUAAAGGUGGUUUUGGUUCAAUGUUAAGAGCUCAAGGUGGUAAAAUGGCUAGUCAAAAAACAACAAAUUUUGAGGCGUGUCGCGACUUAAACGGUAGAAGAUUAAGAACUGUCAAUGAAGCAAAAAGAUUGGCUGAUCUUCUUGAAAAAGAACCUGAAAGGGAACGCGUUCGUAAUGAUAAAAUACAAAGAAAAAUCGAAAAUGGUUUGAAAGAACGCCAGGCCAAAAAAAUAAGAUUUGAUGAUACUGAGUUCCUUAAACAGAGCGAAGAGAUGAAGGAAAAAGUACAAGUGGCAGUAACAGAAGACAGUUCUGAUGAUGAUGCCGAAAUGACGGAAUCUGAUGCAUAG